UUAACCACCACUAGAAAUUUUGUGCUACAAACUACAGUUCUUGGGAAGAAAGCAUGGCCGGAUUUGCAGGCAUUGCAACCGAGAAACUUACUGAAGAAAACUAUGAGAAUUGGAAGGAAUGCUUGAAGAACUAUUUUAUAGCUAAUGAUCUUUGGGAUGUUGUGAAAGGGGUUUAUAAGAAACCAGAGGCAUCUGAAGCGAACUAUAAGGAGUGGGUUAAAAAAAAUGCAAUGGCGUUACAUGCAAUCCAAAUUUCAUGUAAACGAGAUACAAUGUCAAAGCUCAGGGGAAAUGAAUCCGCCGAGGAUGAGUGGAAUCUUUUGGCUAACAAAAACAGAACGAAACCACCAAAAGGAGGAGUUGACAUCAAGGAAGAAGAACAAUUGAAGUAUCGCGACAUAUCCAAGGCCGUGGAAAGAGGUGAUUGGGCAGCUACAAGAACUUUCCUUGAGGAAAGAACUGACGCUAUAAAAGAAACGAUCACACUAAACGGUGACACCGUUCUUCAUGUUGCGGUUAUGGCUGAGCAAACAAAGAUUCUGGAGAAGUUGUUAGAAUAUUCAACAAAAGAAGACUUAGAAGUUAAAAAUAAUAUGGGCUACACAGCUUUCUUUAUUGCUGCCAUCAAUGGAUUUAAAGAUAUGGUUGAGAUUAUGCUGGAAAAGGAUAAUAAUUUGGUUAGGCUUAAGGAUGCUCAUAACCUAAUUCCAAUUGUUGCCGCAUCGUUUUAUGGCUCCAGAGAGAUGGUACGUUAUCUUUACACAAAGACUCCACAUGAAGAGCUAAGCCCAGAACACACUGAUAGGAGUGGUGCCACUCUUCUUAAUUGUCUCAUCUCCGAUGAGCUUUAUGAUGUGGCUUUACAUCUGUUGGAAAAAUACCCACAUCUGGCUUUUGUGGAAGAUCUUCAUAGAAAUUAUGCAAUCAAGUUGUUGGCUCAUAAACGUUCUGCAUUCCCAAGUGGAAACAGAUAUGUUUUUUGGAAACAGUGGAUUUACUCAUGUAUAAGGGUAACUGUCCCUCAGUAUGACACAAUUUUUCAAUCAAGUGAUGAGGAAAGCAAUGUAAGGAUUCAAUUGAAAUUGAAUAUUCAACAAGUGCUUUUCAGUAAGUUACGAGGGCUUAUUUGGAACAUAUUGGCAUGGAUUAAUUCCGAUUUAAAUCAUCUAUACGAGAGGAAGUUCAAACAUAUUGAGGCCAUUCAAAUUCUGAAAUGUGUAUUUCAGCACAUACCAUAUUUUAAGAACGAUCAACUUGAGAAAUUUGGAUGGGAUGAAGCUAUAUACGAUGCUAUAAAGAAUGGAAUAGUGGAAUUCGUUGACGAAGCGAUUGAAUCGACACCUGAAAUCAUAUGGAGGAAAGAUAAAAACGGAAGAACAAUCUUUGCAGAUGCAAUUAUUCAACGCCAAGAAAACAUUUUUAGCCAUGUCUACAAAUUAGGUGCAAAGAUGCGCAUAGCUGUUAUUCGACAUGAUAUCUUUGGCAAUAAUUUCCUUCAUUUAGCUGCAAAGUUAGGCCCUCCGUCUCAACUUGAUCGAAUCUCUGGUGCUGCCCUCCAGAUGCAAAGAGAACUAGAAUGGUUUGAGGAGGUGAGUAGGAUUUUACCUCCAAAAUACAUGGAAGAAGUGAACGAAAACAACAAAACCCCAAGCGAGUUGUUCACCGAGGCACAUGCAGAAUUAGUGAACGAAGGAGAGAGAUGGAUGAAGAACACUGCAGCUUCAUGCAUGGUUGUGGCAACCCUUAUUGCUGCAGUCAUGUUCACAUCCGCUUUCACAGUUCCAGGCGGCAACGAUCAGCGAGACGGAACCCCAAUAAUGUUGAACCGCAAGGCAUUCCUGAUCUUCGUCGUUUCAAAUGCGUUAUCGUUGUUUUCCUCUUCAACUUCUGUGCUAGUGUUUUUGGGAAUUCUCACUUCUCGCUAUGCGGAAAAAGAUUUUCGAACAUCCUUGCCUACAAAACUUAUAGUUGGUCUUUUCACUCUCUUCUUUUCGAUAGUGACGAUGAUGGCAUGUUUUGGCGCUGCUAUUUCUUUACUUCUUGAAAAAAGAUUGAAGUGGGUUGGUAUUCCCGUUAUUAUUCUAUCUUUGAUUCCCAUCUUUCUUUAUGCCUCGUUUCAAUUUCCUCUUCUUAUUGAGAUACUGAUUUAUACCUGUGGAGGUGGGAUAUUCAAGAAGAAAAAGGUGACAAGUGAUAAGAAGAGAAUUUGAGAUAAUAGUGUGCUUUUUUUCAUUUGUGCUUUUUUGUUCCGUUGUUUGUAUAAGAUUUCCCAGAAAUUCUUCGAUUUCUUUAUGAUGUAAAUGCUUAUUGAUAUA